GCUAUCAGCAAGCAGCAUGACGACCCAGCGUCUGUGUCAGUGUUCCCCACUCCGCCAGGCUCCACACAUGGUAGGCCACCUUCACACAUCAUUGCCAUGUUUAAGAGUAAACAGAGUGUAGACCGAGGUAGCUAUCAGUAUAGGAGUGUAGGUAGUUUGAACAGAAACAAACAGGGGCGCAAGUCCCGUGACAGUGUUUUGGACAGAAACCUUCUCUACUCUUCCACGAGGAGUUUGGACAGACAGAGGUAUCCUUCGACACUUAGUCGUACCCGGAUAUGGCACACUUAUCAAGAGUUGGACAGUACGGGAGUAGAGUUGGCCGAGGAGACUAUAGAGAUACGCCUGGAGCGCAGCGCAGGAGGGUUGGGGCUGUCCAUUGCGGGCGGCCUGGGCUCAAACCCCCUUCAAGGGUGACGAUGAGGGCAUCUUCAUCUCUCGGGUGACAGAGGGUGGCCCUGCCGACCUAGCUGACCUCAGGGUUGGAGACAAGCUGUUGUCAGUGAACGGACACUCGCUAGUGGGGGCCGACCACUACGGUGCUGUGGAGGUGCUGCGCUCUUCAGGCCACUCUCUGGUGCUAGUCAUCUCCAGAGAGGUCACUCGUCUUGUGCCCCUUCCCAAUC